UCAAGGCAGCCGUAUCCUACCGCCACACACCCACAUCACUUUUGUGUCAACCACUUCGCGGGAGUUGUCGCUCCAGGAGCAGUUAUCCCAUUUAAACUACUCAUCGCUUGAUACCCUUCCGUUGAAGAGCAACGCCAUGUCUGACAGAAAGCCAGUGAUCAAGAAUGCCGACAUGUCGGAGGACAUGCAGCAGGACGCCGUUGAGUGUGCCACACAGGCCCUGGAGAAGUACAACAUUGAGAAAGACAUUGCUGCAUACAUUAAAAAGGAGUUUGACAAGAAAUACAACCCGACAUGGCACUGCAUUGUUGGGAGGAACUUUGGGAGCUAUGUUACCCAUGAGACCAAGCAUUUCAUUUACUUCUACCUGGGUCAGGUAGCCAUUUUGCUGUUCAAGUCCGGUUAAGGGAAGACUGCAUUCCCCAAACCCCCGUUGACCAUUCAAUACUGACGGACUUCAAAAGGCACUUAUCAUUCCUUGGCGAAGGGCCGCUGCCUUUUUUGUGCUGCAUUCUACUUUGUUGUUUUUGACUAUAUAAACCGUGGCCAUGUUAAAGAGAUAAAACACUUGUAUUUAUUUUUGUCUUGUUACAUUAGACAUGUCGGUUUUUUAAUUAAAGUAUAAAUGUGAAACAGUC